AGGGAUUCAGAACGUGCAUAUAAGCGUAUGUGGCUACAAUCAUUGUGGAACUUGUAGUCACAUUAACAUGCUAGAGAGGCACUUCCAGCACCCUUGUGCAACACUAGAACUGCACUACCCAUAGAUCAUUCGGGUUAUCAAGACUGUCUCAGACACGGAAGGUAAAGAAAAGUGAGGUACUGUAGAAGAUCAGAGAGGAGUUCACACUGCAUCAAGUCUAAAAGUUGUGUUCUGCUCUGGAGUCCAGGUACACUUAUAGACAGCCUCCAUCUGUCCUUCUAUCCCUCCUUCCAUCCCUCCCUUCUCUAAUUACCAGACCCUGGGACCGUGAGAAGCAAGCGAGGUUGAAGGUCUGCAGUCAUCACCAUGUCUACAUUCCGUUUUGGACAGCACGUCAUCAAGGCCUCAGCAGUGUUUCUACAAACUGAGUUGUCCUUCGCCCUGGUCAACAGGAAGCCUGUGGUGCCUGGACAUGUGUUGGUGUGUCCUCUGCGGCCCGUUGAGCGUUUCCGAGACUUGCAUCCUGAUGAGGUGGCUGACCUCUUCACCACUACCCAGAGAGUGGCUGACCUGGUGGAGAAACACUUCCAGGCUUCCUCCCUCACCAUCGCCAUACAGGAUGGCCCUGAAGCCGGACAAACUGUGAAGCAUGUUCACGUGCAUGUCCUCCCCAGGAAGGCAGGUGACUUUGAGAGAAACGACAACGUCUAUGAUGAGCUCCAGAAGCAUGACCGUGAGAGUGAGGACGUCCCUUCCAGGUGGAGAACAGAGGGGGAGAUGGCAGCAGAGGCUUCUGAUCUCAGGAAACAAUUCAGCUAAACUGUCCGAAUCUCUAUAACGACAACUUACAAAGUUUCAAGUGAUUGUGAAGUGGAUUAUUCUUCAGUUGGCACUGUUGUUGAAAAACUUAUUUUGAACUGAACUGAUGUGGUUGAUUACAGUUGAUACAUCUUUAAAUGUAAUGUGUGACUUGUAUUAUUACCUCAGAUGUUUUUUUGUGGUGUUUUUGUUGUUCUCCUUGGAAUUUAUUGGGGUUAGACUUGUACCAGAGUUAUUGUUGUUGUUUUUAUAUUCCAUGAGUGUCACAACAUGUACAUGUUGAAUUAUUCAUCAAUCGCUCUCCCUUGCAUCAGUUCUGAAUCCCACCAAAUCAGUGCUCAUAACAACAUUUAAAGGUCCUCUAAACCCUACAGUCACAGCUAUGAACAUGCAUGUGGGCACCUCCAUGCAAAGCGGAGCUAAAAACGAGUGGAUAAUGAAGGUAACAUGUGGUUAAUAAAGAGGAGCAGCUGCUCUGGGAUCUGUGAAAUUGUCAAAUCAGAUUUAGUGUGCCGUAGGAGACAACAAGCCUGCCAAAGAGUCAGCUGAAGGCAAUAGAUCUGCUUCCACAUUGCCGGAGGUCAUAGUAGUGGAAAGCAGAGAUGUUGUUGUUGCUGGUUUUUCUUCAUAUUUGUGAUUAAGUUUAAGUAUCUGAUUUGGAAAAAAGUUUGCUUUUCCUAAUAAUCAGUUUAGUUUAGUUUAUUAGGAUCCCCAUUAGCUACUGCACAUGCAGCAGCUACACUAUCCUGGGGUCCACAUAAAACGUACAAAUACAUAACAAGAAAAACACAAGAUAUCACAUUCAGUUAAAAUAAGAGUUAUAUAUAUAGGAAAGACAAGAAGAGACCAAAAAAAUAUCAUUUACAGUGAGAUAAUGAAGGCCUGAAACAUUACGAGAAGCAUUUUGAAGCCUAAUUUCAUAGUUUUCAGUUGAAGCUUUGAUACACUUUUAUUUCCUUCAAAUUCCUUCAAAGUUGUAAAGUGCUUAAAAGCAUUUCCCUGCACUCUUAGAAAAAAGGGUUCCAAAAGGGUUCUUCGGCUGUCCCCAUAGGAUAACCCUUUUUUGGUUCCAGGUAGAACCAUUUUGGGUUGCAUGUAGAACCCUCUGUGGAAAGGGUUUUACAUGGAACCCCAAAUAGUUCUACCUCAAACAAAAAAGGGUUAUUCAAAGGAUUCUCCAAUGGGGACAGCCAAAAACCCAUUUAGGUUCUAGAUAGCACCUAUUUAUCUAACAGUGUUGAGUCCAGGGAAUGGGUUUUGUUUGGUACAAGGUUGAAAAAUGGACCAUAAUAAAUGGUGUGAAUUGAACUCCACAUCAACAUCCAGUAAAGUGGCAUUAUGAUUGAAACAAUGACCACAGUAAUGGAUUGAUUCCUUGUGGUUAUGCUUGAUGAAUAGCACAGCAUAAGCCUACAUUGAUUUUCUUUUUUGUAUCGAUGUUGGAAUAAAAUGCCAGUCUUGCCAUUUACUCAGCUGGAUGCAGAAAUACAAUUCUGUUCUUGAAAUACAAUGUGUGAGUCGCUUUCUAGUGGUAAUCAAGCUGUAAAAGGCCCCAUGAAUUUUAAACAAUAUUAUUAAGCAUGAGGAAUUCUUCAAUGGCAAUAAUUCAAAGAGUCGGGGGAGAAAAUCCAUCUACCGUAGGUCCAGUAAGAUUACACUUUCCCACACAGUGAGGGAAACAUAGCCUCACAUAAAGGAAUAUACAGUUCAUAUUUGGCCUUGGCUUCAGGACCAACACUGUUACCUCGAUCCAAAUGCCCCUUUUAAUAUCCCUUCCAUUUCACAGGUUUGUGGUUGAUCGUAAUAUGAAAUAAUUAGUAGGAACAUAGAAUUGGAUAUCGUUAAAGCAUAUUGAAUAUAAUUAGCUACCAGAGAAUAACGUUGAAAUAAAUGUCACAUGCUGUGGAAUGGAAUUCCAUUUAGAAGGCACAUCCCAAAUCUAUUAGAUGGAUGACUCGAAGUGUUCUUAUUUACUGAGGUAUGGUUUAAUUACCUCUCUGACAUGGUUAUAGGGCCUAAUAACUCCCAACAUCUUUUAUAGGAAUACUAGGCUACCGCUGCAAUGGUACCAUGAAUCACUUUACUUUGGUACACAAAAGUACACAACACUGUGAGAUUGGCUUUUGGGAACUUCUCUGACUAAUGUUUUGCUUGUAUUUCAAGAGAAAAACUGUUUAACUGAACUUCAUAGAUUAGAUGUUUCAUUACAAUGAUUUACACAACCCAAAUGCUGUUAUAAUAUUUAUUUAAACCAUGAACAUUGACAUGAAAAACUAAAUGUAAAAGCAUCCAAGGACCUAGCAUAUUCUGUCCCAACAGAGCGAAAGAUCCAUGGACAUUAAACCUAGUUGUGUGUUGUGUGUUUUGGCCACCCAUGUAUUCACUAGAGGAGUCCCCUCACUUAUGGGAAACACUGAUUUUCCUCUUUCCACCAUCAUUGAAUGUAACAAUAUAUAGAGCCAUACAGCUUCUUUUCAAAUGAUAAUAUCCCUGGACCAUCAGAUAUGCAUCUGCUCAUGUCAGCAAGCGAGUUCAGCAUUACUAAGAAAUGUGGUUGGAGACCCCACACAUAACCAUCAUUAUUUAUUAUUUAUAACCAUCAUUAUUUACCAGUAAUAGAAACACAUCCUCUGGUUCAACUAAAUGGAUGUGUCUUCCAUUAUUGGUGCGUUUGAAGAAACCGUGUACUGACCUAAGUAAUGGUGCCUCUCAUUAUGUGAACGAGAAUCGAAUAGCAAAAUGUCGCUAACCUCUUUUAAGACUGGUUAUACAGUGCAUUCGUAAAGUUUUUUCUUUGUUAUAAAUUUGUAAAAAUGUAUAAAAAGCUGUUUUUGAUUUGCCAUUAUGGGGUAUUGUGUGUAGAUUGAUGAGGGGAAAAAACAAUUUAAUCAAUUUUAGAAUGAGCCUGUAACGUAGCAAAAUGUGGAAAAAUUCAAGGGGUCUGACUACUUUCCGAAUGCACUGUAUAUGCCAUGGCAAUGUUUUUUAUGUAAUGUACAGCCACAGGAGGUUGGUGGCACUUUAAUUGAGGAGGAUGGGUUCAUGGUAAUCGGUGGUGCGGAAUGAGUGGAAUGGUAUCAAAUACAUCAAACACAUGGCUUGAUGCCAUUCCAUUUGCUCAGUUCCAGACAUUAUUAUGAGCCGUCUUCCCCUCAGCAGCCUCCACUGUGUACAGCCCAUACUGCACAGGGGUUUCUACUACUCCUGUGGGUAUGAGUGCAUGGAUGAGAUUUAGGUCUCCAAGAAAUACUCUCACAUUUGUGGUAAUGUCAUCUAUAUGAAUUUUUGCUAGCAGUGUUAACCACAUUACAUGUUUACCUUCCUAAUAUUACUUAUGCUGAUAACAAUAAGAACAAUAUUAUUAACCAGUAGUCAUUUCUACAGACUUGUCAGUUUCUACCAGUGAACAGAAAAACAGCAAAGAGUAAUACAUCCUGAUCAGAGGUAGUAUAUAUUGUGACAGGUCUGCAUGCAGUUGGGGCUAUCAAAAAUGGCCUUCAGUUUUCCCCUAUCUAUUUUUCUAUUCUUCUCUCAAAUUGUAUCCAGGUUCUUGAAUAGGUAGUCCUUAGUGAAUGGAAUGGCUUUUGGAGCAAUGUUUUUGAGCAGUAAUGAACCUUUUUGUGGUGUUUGGUGCUGUAAUGACUUACUAUAAGAUCUCAUUUCUUAUAACUGUAAAAUAAAUAUAAUAUUUAGUGACAGUACAAAUUUGGCCGCAUUUCAUAUAACUGACGACAGAUCAUUUUCUGCCAAGCGUCCUCUAAGCAGUGUAGAGACACUAUUCGGAUAUCUGCAGACUCGUUACAACUUCAGCUUUGUGCACAAAUUCAUUUUCUCCCUCGGUACCAAGAGAAAGUGGUUGUGUUUCUAUUAUACACAAUUAUUUAGUAUUUUUUCAGAUUUUUCAGCUCUAAAUCCAGCUGAGAAUAUGAUGUGAAUAAUAUGAUUGCUGGAUUCACGAGACUGUCCCCUUUAAUAUGCAGUCUCCCAGGCUUGGCUCCGUUGCUCAGAGGCAGAGGAAAAUUGAUUAUUUGUCUGGAUAGGCCAGAAAAUGUGACACAUCACUCCCUAUGAAAAUGUUGGGUGUGAAACCUGACACUUCAAGUCAGCUCCGCUGACAGAAUGGUAGUGAAAGCACUGGACCCUGCGACGUUCACAGAGUGCUCUGUACACCAAAAUAUCAGUCAGAACCGGUCCAACCGGUACAUUUGAAUUGAUUUGGGGAGUGUUUUGGUUUGAUUCUCUAUCCCCGCUGAUUGUGAACAUUAUUAUUUUUGUGACAUUUGUGCCCUCCCUUUUUCUGUUAGCUACCCCCCUCCCCCAAAUACAAAAAAUAACUUAUA